CAACAGACCAGCCCCUUUCUCUCACCGUCUGAAGCUGCGCGUUCGCCUGGCUGGAGCAGGAGUGGCUGAGAGAGCAGCUUCUUCUGUCUGAAUCUCAGCUGCACUUUGACUUUGGUUUCCCGCAGUCUCUCCCCACUGUAUCUGCAGUGGACUAAUUCAUCUUCAAUGGAAUUGAAUCUUUGGGGCUGACACUAAAGUGUUUCUAUUUUUACAGGCUGGUCGUCCUUCUAAGAAUUAAGCAAAACACCAGAAAGAGCACUGUCAGGUUGCUGAGUAUUAGCUAAUAUCAGAAACGAUGGGCACUGUACUCUCUUUAUCUCCGAGAACGGGUAAGGGAGGGAUAGUGGAUGAGAAGCAGGGUGGCGGUGGUCACUCGGCUAUCCCCAACAGCAAAAAUGGCAAGACAGAGAAAAGCCUGAGGCGACAUUCGGUGAUCAUUUCAGGCCUUACUUGGAAGAGGCUGGUGGCUGCCACGGCCAAGAAGAAAAGUGCCAAGAAGAUUAAUCCGAAUAUUCCUCCUUCGCAGGUCAACAACAAUCCAGUCGAGCAGCGGAACAACGAAAAUGUAAUAAAAUCACAGCAGCAGCCCAGUCCAGAUCGGAAAGGGACACAUCGGGACCAGAAACCUGGACCACUCGCGGUUCCGGUACCCACUGUCCCUAACCAGAGCCUACAGACGAACCAAACUCAGAACGUAAUACAGAAUGGCAAACAGUUGAUUUCGGUCCAAACGGAGACCAGCAAAUCAGUGAUCUCACCAAGACGAGUGAUUGUUCAAGCAUCAACCGGGGAGCUGUUGCGCUGCCUAGGCGAGUUUAUGUGCCGAAGAUGCUACAGACUGAAGGAGCUGAGCCCCAACGAGAUCAUCCUAUGGUUCCGAAAUGUGGACCGAUCCCUACUUAUUCAAGGCUGGCAGGACCUGGGCUUUAUAACCCCUGCUAACCUGGUGUUUGUCUAUUUACUUUGCAGAGAUGCUGUAAGUGACGAAAUCGCCAGCGAAUAUGAACUUCAAGCCACCUUUCUGACCUGCCUCUACUUGGCUUACUCGUACAUGGGUAACGAGAUUUCGUACCCGCUAAAACCCUUUCUAGUGGAGACCAACAAGGAGGUGUUCUGGGAGCGAUGCCUGCAGGUCAUUGACAAAAUGAGUGCCAACAUGCUGCUAAUCAAUUCCGAUCCGCAUUUUUUCACUCAGGUGUUCCAGGACCUGAAGAAUGAAGGGGAAACCAGGGAAACGAAUGGACAUUGGACUAUCAAUCUUGACCGUUAAAAAAAGGAAAGAUUUAAAAGCAUAUGGACAGAGUAGUGUUUUUUUUUUUUUUUUUUUUUUUUGCAGCACCCAGUAAAACGACGCUGAUCGGGACUGCGGGGUAAAGGGUGACAAUGAAAAGUAAUGUGCACUAGAGCCUGUCGAUCAAAAUAAAUAGAGGUAUCCGUUUAGUGAUAAGAGAUAUUUUGUGUUGUACAUCAAUGUAAAAUAAAUACCCUUUAUGCUGAUGUGAAUCACAGCACACUGGGAAGGGGUGGUUAAACAAAUGCAUGCCUAAUGUGUAUUCUAAAUGUACUUUCAUUGUGGCUUUAAAAUGGAUGGUAACACAGAGCUGCAGUGGAGCACCCAAAAAUAGCUGGUUUGUUAAUGUUUAGAUUAUUGAUUUAUAUAUAAAUUUCAUUUUGAGGGAAUGAUAGCGAGCGCAGUGUUCAUCUUAGGAAUUGAAAAGGGAGCUAUCCAAGGUGUUGGCCUUUAACAGACGUAUUGCACAUUAUUAAACCUCAUACUGUCUAUUUGAAUGUACGAUUUUACAGCAAAGUGUUACUACACCGUCCAAUGUGCCAAUACUGUUGAAAUGUAUAAAACGUAUUGUUUUAUAUUGUAUAUUAAAACAAAACAAAACAAAAAAAGAUAUACAAAAUAAUCAGACCUGAGAGUGAGUUAUUUGUUAUGUAUUGAUUCUUGUUGUGAAAAUAGCAAAAUGAUCCUCAUUAAUGAUAUUGUCUUUGUUUCAGUACAAUCGAGAUGUACUGAAUUACUGAAUCAAAAAAAUACAUUUGCCCUUUUACGAUGUGCACUGGUCACUAAUGGCAUAUUUGGCAGUGCAAAGUAUAUUUUAAUGGAACGGGCUACUCUUGAGAUUUGAUUUGUGUUCAUUAUGUAAGUAUUGGAUUUUUUGUUGUUGUUCAGAACUCUAUAGAUUGAUUUUAAGACAAACUUUACUAUUGAAAGAACAACUAUUUAACGGUGCAAUAGUGUGCUUUUACUCCAAUAAGAAGAAGAAGAAGAAGAAGAAGAAGAAGAAGAAGAAGAAGAAGAAGAAUUUAUUAGUAAAAUGUUUACCUGAAACGUGGAACAACAUAAAGCAUUAGUGUAAGUAUGUCCUACUAAUUUCAACAGUUUGAAUAGCAAUAGUGCAUCCGCUUUGUAAAGCUUAUCCUUUAAUGCAAUCAGUAGAAGUCAUCAUUUGUUUCUAAAAAUACAUGGAUUUACUAACUAUUGGGUUGAAACCAAGUACUGGCUACAUUAGGUUGUCAGUCAACAGUUUACCUCUCUCUCUCUCUCU